AUGGGCUCCGUCAGAGGAGAUCACUUCAAGGACAUCAGCCCCGUGGUGACCCCCGAGGGGAACGUGGUGAUGAGCUUCAGCUUUGACAGCUACCAGCUGGAGGAGGAGGAGCUGCAGGCGAAAGGGAAUCAGGCCAAGGGAGUCCUCACCUUCAUGGAGCCAGCCUCGGAAGACCCCGAACCCCAGGAUCGAUACCAUGGGAUUUACUUUGCCAUGCUGCUAGCAGGGGUUGGAUUUCUCCUGCCGUACAACAGCUUUAUCACAGAUGUGGACUAUUUGCAUCACAAAUAUCCAGGGACCUCCAUUGUGUUUGAUAUGAGCCUCACCUACAUCCUGGUAGCCUUGGUAGCCGUCAUCUUGAACAACGCCCUGGUGGAGCUGCUGAGUUUGCACACCAGGAUCUCUGUGGGAUACCUGUUUGCUCUGGGUCCCCUUCUCUUCGUCAGUAUCUGUGAUGUCUGGUUGGAGCUCUUCACCCACAGGCAAGCGUAUGCUAUUAACCUGAUAGCCGUAGGGGUCGUGGCCUUCGGCUGCACAGUGCAGCAAUCCAGUUUCUACGGCUACACCGGGAUGCUGCCCAAGCGGUACACCCAGGGGGUGAUGACUGGCGAGAGCACCGCAGGGGUGAUCAUCUCCCUCAGCCGCAUUUUCACCAAACUCCUCCUGUCGGACGAGAAGGAGAACACCAUCAUCUUCUUCUUCAUCUCCAUCGGCAUCGAGCUCAUGUGCUUCAUUCUCCACCUGCUGGUGAAGCGCACCCAUUUCGUCCGGUACUACACCGCCUGCUCCCGGGAGGGCGCACCUGAGGGCAAAGGGGUCCCAGACCACGGCACCGGAUACAGGGUUCACCACGACGUCACUGCAGAGGACGUCAGAUUCGAAAAUCGGCCUUGUGGGCAGGUGGGCUCCCCUCCGGGCAGCCUGGGGCAUGAAGCUGAGCUGGCUGGCAGCGGCACCUACGUGAGGUUUGACGUCCCUCGACCAAGAAUCAAAAGGAGCUGGCCCAGCUUCCGAGACAUGAUGCUCCAUCGCUACGUUGUCUCCAGGGUGAUCUGGGCCUACAUGCUUUCCAUAGCCAUGACCUACUUCAUCACACUGUGCCUCUUUCCUGGGCUGGAGUCGGAGAUCCGCAACUGCACUCUUGGGGAGUGGCUCCCCAUCUUAAUCAUGGCUGUCUUCAACCUCUCGGACUUUGUAGGCAAGAUCCUGGCUGCCUUGCCUUAUGACUGGAGAGGGACCCACCUUCUCAUCUACUCCUGUCUGCGAGUGAUUUUCAUUCCCCUCUUUAUAAUGUGCGUGUACCCCAGUGGGAAACCCACCUUCAACCACCCCGCUUGGCCUUGCAUCUUCUCCCUCCUCAUGGGGAUCACAAAUGGGUACUUUGGCAGCGUACCCAUGAUCCUGGCUGCUGGCAAAGUGAGCCCGGAGCAGCGGGAACUGGCAGGUAACACCAUGACUGUGUCCUAUAUGACCGGAUUGACGCUGGGCUCCGCCGUGGCCUACUUUGCCUAUAGCCUCACCAGUACGUCUCACAGUACCUGUUUCCACACUGAAACCUACAACAGCUCUUUCACGGCGGGGUACUGA